AUGAGUUUCCUCAGCUCGGUUCUCUCGUCUAUCGAGACGGGAACUCCAGCUUCCCUCCCACCAACAACCCCGCGACCGAGCACUUCCGCCCUUUCCGCUACGGUCACCAAAUCUGAACCUAGAAAGUCCACGCCUUCAGCACCUACAUCUAAUCGACCUACCAGCAGCAAUCCUUCAGCGGGAAUCAAACGGAAAGCAGAGGAACCAAUUCGACGCCCUGAAAAGCCAUCAUCCACGGCAAACGGCAAUGAUGUGAAGGCACGACCUAAAGCGCCAUUGCCUGUCCGGCCGGUAGUUGCAAAAAAGCCUACCCCACCGGCAGCACCCGCGAAGCCGCCUCCAAAAGGAUCAUUCGCAGAUCUGAUGGCCAAAGCCAAAGCCGUUCAAAAGGAGGCGCCUAAGGUCGGCGUAUUGAAGCAUCAGGCGGCUUUGCCAAAGGAAAAGAUCAGCAAAUCAGAGAUGAAGAGACGCAUGGAGGCGAAAGCCAAAGGAAAAGAAGCAGCGCGCUCAGGGAAACAACCUGGUGUUAGUCCAGCACCAAAUACAGGAAAGAAAAUUGAAGGAAAGCCUGGUAUCGAUGUCUCUGCUAAGAAGCGAGAACCUGAAGAGAAUACCUAUAAAGGAACAUCCCGUUCAGCUCAACCAUCAUACAAGGGAACGGCGAACUUGCCUGCAAAACACAAGAAUGCUGCUCGGCGUCGGGCUCCUCGUCGUGAUGAAUACCUAGGUACAGACGAAGAAGAUGAAGGCGAUUUCUACGAUGAUUACGAUGAUUACUACUCCGAUGCAUCCUCAGACAUGGAGGCUGGAUAUGGAGACAUGGAGAGAGAGGAAUAUGCGGCGCUUCGUGCUGCCCAGAGAGAAGACGAAGAGGAUAUACGGAUGGAAGCGGAAGCCAAGAGGGCGAAGAUGGAGAGGAAGCAGAAAUUGGCGGCGUUGGCAAGAGCGAAGCGUUGA